AUGCAAAAUGCACGAACCAUGUGUAUGGCCGUUUUGCUGCUAAUCGUUGGAUUCGUCGGUGCCGAAAACUUGCUCUUUUCAGAUUGCGGAGUUCGAACCUCCCGUCGACAGCCUCGCAGUUACUUUCCCGGUGCGCAGCACAACUUUUCCACCCGCACGGAGCCGACCGUAAUGCGAAGUCCGAAGAUUAUGCACGGAACACCGACCGUCGAAGGCCAGUAUCCGUGGCAGGUGUCCUUGGAGCUGCUGCAUCCGUCGUACGGCUUUAUCGGUCACUGGUGCGGUGGCGUGCUAAUAGACCGAAAUUGGGUUCUGUCCGCAGCACACUGCAUUCACAAUGAUUUGUUCAAUCUGCCUCUUCCCGCCUUGUGGACCGUGGUUCUCGGUGAAUACGACCGUCGGACGGAGUCCGGCUUUGAGCAGCGCAUACCGGUGGACAAGAUCAUUUUGCAUGAGAAAUACCACAAUUUCAAGCACGAUCUAGUGCUCCUUAAGCUGUCCAGGCCCGCCAACACCGCACCAAACUCCAGGGUACGGAAAAUAUGUCUUCCUUUCGCUGACUUCAAGGUAAACAGUAUGACGUACGACCCACGACCGGAUCAACAGUCGAGACCGAAUCCCAGCGACAAACCUGCUUAUUUCUUCGACCGAGAUUCGAACCUUGGCAUGGAACAUCCGUCCACACCAUCAAACCAGAACAUUCCUGACGACCAAGAGGCUUUUCCAGAAUCGAUUCCCUUUCGAGACGAUAAUUUUCUGCGUCGUUUGAAGCAAGCAUUUGAAUCCGAGACCAACGAUAAACGCGGUUCACGUACGAGAACGGCAAGAUAUCUAGUAAACCAUUUGGUCACGGGGCAAGUUCUAUCGCCCAGAACUAAUCAUACAAAACUACCUUCUUCCAAUGGUAAUAAAUCGACCAGUUGGGCCACGCGGCGGUUCUUUGCCACGGGGAUGCUUAGUACAAAGCCUCACCAGAGAAAAAGCAGUCAGGAUGGAAAACGAUGGAAUCAUCGGUCACAGAUGGACAGCGGCAAGGUGGAUCCUAGCAGUAGCCACCGGCAAACCCAUCGUGCCAUCCUGAACAGCAAGUUCGGCAAUAGCCGACGCCGGAAUGACAAGUUUUCUCAUGCUCCCGUAUAUUACCGGAACGAGCCGAACUACCGGACCGAGGACACUAACGAUCGCGCACCAAUCGAUGACGAAGACGCGAUCGAAACCGACCCUGGUAUGUCGGCGGGAGCAAUGCCCGAUACGUCGCAGUAUGUCGACUGCCUUGCAACUGGAUGGGGCAAAUCGACAAUCGAUGACGAACUGACGGACGUUUUGCUGCAAACGCGUGCACCAAUACAGAGCAGUAAAAAAUGCGAAGAGGCGUACGGAGAUUUCAUCAAACUGCAUCGUGGCCAUCUUUGCGCCGGAAACCUGGAUGGCACCGGGGGUACAUGCGUGGGCGACUCCGGAGGACCACUACAGUGUAGGAUCAGUAAGCGUGGACCGUGGAUAUUGGUCGGAAUCACUUCCUUUGGAUCUGGAUGUGCGUUUAAAAACUAUCCAGACGUGUAUACGAAAAUAUCCUUUUACCGUCAAUGGAUAGUGGAAACCAUCCAGAAUAACUGA